UGCAAUGUGGCAACACCGUCGAAUGAAAUGGAUUGGUCUACACUUUUCUUCGUGAGUGUCGGCGAAUGCUGCUCUACCCCUCUCGGAGUGAUUGCAAUGUGUAAAUCAUUUAUGUCUGCAUUCCAAUAUUUCAUAAUGCUUCCUCUUAUUUUCUUACAUGGCUUGGAUAUCUAUGGUAAGUUUAAUUAUAAAGUGACCUGGAAUCAUGGCUUUUUCAUACUUGUGAUGUACAUAAGGUCUGGAUAUUUGCCGUCAGCCGAAAAUUUAGAAAAUCCAUUCCUAGGAGCAUUUAGAAUAAAAAUUGUAAUACUUUUCAUGGUCUUACUUUCUCUGAACAUAACAUAUUGUAUCACAAAUGCAGUUAUCAUAUCAUUUAGUAGAUCUGCCAGGACAAAGCCAAUUAAACAUAUCCAGGGACUUCUGACAUACUUUUUCAUAAUAAUACUUUGCAUGCUUUCAAUGACCUUGAUUUAUGAAAUAAGUGAUAUAUCUGAAACUUUCAAUAUUUUAUCACUCUGUGUGUCAACCUGUGUCCAAGCAUUGUCCUCUAUUAUCGUUUAUAUCAUUUAUGUAUAUGAUCGCAUGUAUUCCAGACCGUGGGAAAUUACCGUUGAAGAACAAAUGCAAAACGUUGAUAGAGUGUGUUCGAUCUGUCAGUAUUCGAUUUCGACGGCUAAAAUAAUACCAUGUGGUCACUUCUUUCACCGAAUGUGUCUUCAGAAGUGGAUGUACAUUAAUGAACUUUGUCCAGUAUGUCGACAAAGCGUGUUCUAA